AUGACCCCAUCCAAACGAGCCCAUAUCAGCUCCCACUUCCACGGUAUUCUGGAUACUUUACUCGCCCAAAAACUCACGCUAUCCCAGCCACAGAUUGAGGUUCUCACCUAUUUCAAGAUAACAUUAUCCAAGAAUAAUCUCGUUCGCGUCCAGCAAGUUUUCCGCUCAAUACAGAGCGCUCCCUCCUAUUACGUACCCGCUCCUAACGAAACGUCGGCCGAGUUAGAGAAGAUCGUCCAGCAGUGCCGUAUCAUCUUUAGCGAACCCGCACAGGCUGCGUGCGCCGAGUAUAGCAAGUUGUAUGACUUAGCGAAACUUGCUUCGCUCAUGGUAGAGCUCGAGGAGGCCUUGAACGACAAUCGUGAUACCGAAGUAGUCAAUUACGUCAAGAAGAUCUGCGAAGUGCAUAAACUGGGACCAAAGAAGAGAGGCCCGGAUCUUGCCUCUCAAUAUGUCACGUAUCCAAUCUGA